CCAACGCUUUUCCACACAUUCGAAUGCUCACUAACGUGUUCUAACUUCUAAAUUCUAAUCUUAUUGCAACAAACUUGUAUUGUAUGUAAUAUAUCAGAUCAGUGCAACCAAAGCGAAAAUAGAAGCAAGUUCAAUGGCUGCAACUUGUUAUUAUUUACUGCCAAAUCCGAAAGCUUUUUCACCUUUACUCAGAAACCCACCUUCCACUUCCAUUCCUUGGAAUCACCUAAGGCACGUUUCAUUGUUGGGUUCCGCUAGAAGAGCAAAAGUUGAGGCCAAUGCUAAGAAGAAAAACCCUUGGCUAGACCCUUUUGAUGAUGGGGAGGACCCAGAAAUGGAGUAUGGUUCCUUGUUUGCAGAUGGUAAGCAGGAGGAGGAUCCUAGGCCACCGGAUGAUCCUGACAACCCAUAUGGCUUCUUGAAAUUUCCUCCUGGAUAUGCAGUGGAGAUAGCUUCCUUGGGAUUGAAAGUGAGAGGAGAUGUCAGAAGAUGCUGCUGUGUGAUCUCUGGUGGUGUUUAUGAGAAUCUCUUGUUCUUUCCAGCUAUUCAGUUGAUUAAGGACAGGUACCCUGGUGUUCAGAUUGAUGUUGUUGCAUCUGAGAGGGGGAAACAGACUUAUGAGUUGAAUAAGAAUGUGAGAUGGGCAAAUGCAUAUGACCCUGAUGAUGAAUUUCCAGAGCCUGCUGAGUAUACUGAUAUGGUUGGAGUUCUAAAGAAUAGGUACUAUGACAUGGUCUUAAGCACCAAAUUGGCAGGCCUUGGCCAUGCUGCUUUUUUGUUUAUGACCACUGCCCGGGAUAGAGUUAGCUAUGUCUACCCAAAUGUGAAUGCCGCAGGAGCAGGAUUACUUCUAUCGGAAACAUUCACACCCGAUAGUCUAAACCUCUCAGAGGGAGGAUAUCAUAUGUAUCAUCAGAUGGUUGACUGGCUGGCAAGACCAUUUCGAAGUGUUCCAAGGCAGCCAGUGCCACCACUUAAGGUAUCAAUUUCAAGGAAGCUGAAAGAGGUUGUGGAGGCAAAAUACACAAAAGCAGGUGCAAGAAAGGGAAAAUAUGUUGUAAUUCACGGGAUAAAAUCAGAUUCAAAGGCCUCCAUGCAGUCUAGGGGUGAUUCUGAUAGCUUGUUACCCAUUGAAGUGUGGGCUGAAAUUGCUGAUGCCAUAAGUGACAGGGAAGUUACGCCACUUUUUGUCAUUCCACAUGAAAAAGAAAGGGAAAAUGUUGAGGAAAUUUAUGGAGAAGAUGCCUCUAUAGUCUUCAUUACCACCCCUGGACAGAUGGCUGCUCUUAUUAACGACUCAGCUGGAGUGAUAGCUACAAAUACAGCUGCCGUUCAGCUUGCAAAUGCACGCGACAAACCUUGCAUUGCACUAUUCUGCUCUGAAGAGAAGGGGAACACGUUUGUUCCGCAGGCUGAAGAGAAUAAAUGCGUUGUAAUAUCAUCCAAGACAGGGAAGUUGAUAGAUAUUGAUGUUGAGGCUGUAAAAAAUGCAAUUCAAACUUUCCAUGUAUCUCCAGCUUUAGUAUAGUGGGAGAGGGCAAAAGGGAAGGGUUCGGGACUUCAGGUUAAGUGAUUAUAUUAACUGUCCUUUUCUUUAUAAUUAAUAAAGAUGAAUGUACAUCUACAAAUUUAUGGUGCACUUCGUUUUCUGAAUGAGAAAAAUGGAAUGAAAAUGAAAGUCAAAA